CAGAAGCAGAGAGCAUUCUGGAAAGGUCUCUGUGCUUUCUUUUCCACUGUGAAUACAGAAAUUUUAAUUAAUCUGUAAAGCUUUGUGGCCAGAAAUCUGGAUAAUUUCAGAAGGUGGCACAUUAUAGCAUCACAUCAUUUUUGGAUGCUGGGUUUUGCUGUGAUUUGUCAUUCUCUUUUCAUCAGGAAAUUCUUAUGCAAGAGGCUAAACGUAAUUAAAUUUGCAGGAUGAAAAGAUGGCACAGGCACUUCUGGUACCACCAGGACCUGACAGCUUUCGCUAUUUUACCAGAGAGUCUCUCACAGCUAUUGAAAAACGUUCUGCAGAAGAAAAAGCUAAAAAGCCCAAACAAGAACAUACUGAUGAUGAUGAUGAAAAUGGCCCAAAGCCAAACAGUGAUUUGGAAGCAGGCAAGACACUUCCAUUUAUUUAUGGUGACAUACCUCCAGGAAUGGUGUCUGAGCCCCUGGAGGACCUGGACCCAUACUAUAUCAAUAAAAAAACUUUCAUAGUAUUGAAUAAAGGGAAGACAAUAUUCCGAUUCAGUGCCACAUCUGCCUUGUACAUUUUAACUCCUUUCAAUCCUCUUAGAAAAAUUGCUAUUAAGAUUUUGGUACAUUCGUUAUUCAGCAUGCUUAUUAUGUGCACUAUUUUGACCAACUGUGUAUUUAUGACCAUGAGUAACCCCCCAGACUGGACAAAGAAUGUAGAGUACACGUUCACUGGAAUUUAUACCUUUGAAUCACUUAUAAAAAUUCUUGCAAGGGGCUUCUGUUUAGAAGGUUUUACUUUCCUUCGAGAUCCGUGGAACUGGCUUGACUUCAGUGUCAUUUUGAUGGCAUAUGUGACAGAAUUUGUGGACCUGGGCAAUGUCUCAGCGUUGAGAACAUUCAGAGUUCUCCGAGCAUUGAAAACAAUAUCAGUCAUUCCAGGCUUGAAAACUAUCGUGGGAGCCCUAAUUCAGUCUGUGAAGAAGCUCUCGGAUGUAAUGAUCCUGACUGUUUUUUGUCUGAGUGUAUUUGCACUAAUAGGGCUGCAGCUGUUCAUGGGCAACUUGAGGCAUAAAUGCUUGCAGUGGCCUCCAGACAAUUCUACUUUUGAGAUAAACGUUAUUUCCUACUUUAAUAGCACAAUGGACAAAAAUGGUACAUUUGUUAAUACAACAGUGAGCACGUUUAACUGGAAGGAGUACAUUGAAGAUGAAACUCAUUUUUAUGUUUUGGAAGGACAAAGAGAUGCCCUACUUUGUGGUAAUAGCUCUGAUGCAGGUCAAUGUCCAGAAGGAUACAUGUGUGUGAAAGCUGGUAGAAACCCCAACUAUGGCUAUACAAGCUUUGACACAUUCAGCUGGGCCUUUCUGUCACUCUUUCGGCUAAUGACUCAGGACUUCUGGGAAAAUCUUUAUCAGCUGACACUACGAGCUGCUGGCAAAACAUACAUGAUAUUUUUUGUUCUGGUGAUUUUUCUGGGCUCUUUCUAUCUAAUUAAUUUGAUAUUGGCUGUUGUUGCCAUGGCCUAUGACGAACAAAAUCAAGCAACCCUGGAAGAAGCAGAACAGAAAGAAGCAGAAUUUCAGCAGAUGCUCGAGCAGCUGAAAAAACAACAAGAGGAAGCUCAGGCAACAGCAGCAGUAGCAGCAGCAUCGGUUGCAUCGAGAGAUUUCAGUGGAGUAGGGGGAUUAGGAGAGCUCUUAGAAAGUUCUUCAGAAGCAUCGAAGCUGAGCUCAAAGAGUGCUAAAGAAAGAAGAAAUAGAAGGAAGAAAAGAAGACAAAAAGAAUUCUCAGAAGCCGAGGACAAAGAUGAUAUUGAAAAGUUUCCAAAAUCUGAAUCAGAAGACAGUAUCAAAAGAAAAGGUUUCCGUUUUUCCAUGGAUGGAAGUCGAUUGACAUAUGAAAAAAGGUUUACUUCUCCACAUCAGUCUUUGCUGAGCAUUCGUGGCUCUCUGUUUUCCCCACGGCGUAACAGUAGAACAAGUAUUUUCAGUUUCAGAGGUCGAGCAAAGGAUAUAGGAUCAGAAAAUGACUUUGCUGAUGAUGAACACAGCACUCUUGAAGAUAAUGAGAGCAGAAGGGAUUCCCUUUUUGUUCCAAACAAACAUGGAGAACGGCGCAAUAGUAACAUUAGCCAGACUAGUAUGUCAUUCAGGAUGGUACCAGCACUUCCAGCAAAUGGAAAGAUGCACAGCACUGUGGACUGCAAUGGAGUGGUUUCCUUGGUUGGAGGACCUUCAGCUCUUACUUCGCCUACUGGACAGCUUUUCCCAGAGGGCACAACUACAGAAACAGAAAUAAGAAAGAGAAGAUUAAGUUCUUAUCAAAUUUCCAUGGACAUGCUAGAAGAUUCUGCUGCAAGACAAAGAGCAAUGAGUAUAGCCAGUAUACUAACAAAUACAAUGGAAGAGCUUGAGGAAUCCAGACAGAAAUGCCCACCAUGCUGGUACAGAUUUGCAAACACUUUCUUGAUCUGGGACUGCUGGAGUCCAUGGUUAAAAGUAAAACACAUCGUAAAUUUGUUUGUGAUGGAUCCAUUUGUUGAUCUUGCUAUUACUAUCUGCAUUGUUCUAAACACAUUGUUUAUGGCAAUGGAACAUUACCCAAUGACACAGCAGUUCAGCAGUGUGCUUUCUGUGGGAAACCUGGUAUUUACUGGGAUCUUCACAGCAGAAAUGGUUCUAAAGAUAAUUGCCAUGGAUCCUUAUUAUUAUUUUCAAGAGGGCUGGAAUAUUUUUGAUGGCAUUAUUGUCAGCCUUAGCUUGAUGGAACUUGGUCUUGCAAACGUUGAAGGCUUAUCAGUUUUGCGAUCAUUCAGAUUGCUUCGAGUUUUCAAGUUGGCAAAAUCCUGGCCAACACUAAACAUGCUGAUAAAAAUUAUUGGUAACUCAGUGGGGGCUUUGGGAAAUUUAACCUUGGUGCUGGCCAUCAUUGUCUUCAUUUUUGCUGUGGUUGGCAUGCAGCUGUUUGGUAAAAGCUACAAAGACUGUGUUUGCAAGAUUGCCACAGACUGUGUACUUCCACGCUGGCACAUGCACGACUUCUUCCAUUCUUUCUUGAUUGUAUUCCGAGUGCUCUGUGGGGAAUGGAUAGAAACCAUGUGGGACUGCAUGGAGGUUGCAGGCCAAACCAUGUGCCUUAUAGUUUUCAUGCUGGUCAUGGUCAUUGGAAACUUGGUGGUACUGAACCUGUUUCUGGCCUUGCUGCUGAGUUCGUUUAGUUCAGACAACCUUGCUGCUACAGAUGAUGAUAAUGAAAUGAACAACCUCCAGAUUGCUGUGGCAAGGAUUCAGAAGGGAAUAGAUUAUGUUAAAAAAAAAUUACGGGAAUUCGUCCAAAAAGCCUUUGUUAGAAAGCAAAAAGCUUUAGAGGAAAUCAAAGCACUUGAAGAGCUAAACAACAAGAAAGACAGCUGCAUUUCUAACCAUACUGUAGUUGAGAUAAGCAAAGAUCUUAAUUAUCUUAGAGAUGGGAAUGGAACUACCAGUGGUGUAGGAACAGGAAGCAGUGUGGAAAAAUACAUAAUUGAGGAAAAUGAUUACAUGUCGUUCAUAAACAACCCAGGCCUCACUGUGACAGUACCCAUUGCUGUCGGAGAAUCAGAUUUUGAAAUUUUAAAUACAGAAGAAUUUAGCAGUGAAUCAGAUGUGGAAGGAAGCAAAGAGAAACUAAAUGCAUCCAGCUCAUCUGAAGGCAGUACAGUUGAUAUUGCCCCUCCUGGAGAGGGUGAACAAGCUGAGAUUGAACCUGAAGAAUCUCUGGAACCAGAAGCCUGUUUUACAGAAGGUUGCGUGAAGAAGUUCCCAUGUUGUCAAGUAAGUAUAGAAGAUGGCAAAGGGAAAAUAUGGUGGAAUCUUAGGAAAACAUGCUACAGCAUAGUUGAACACAACUGGUUUGAGACAUUCAUUGUCUUCAUGAUUCUUCUGAGCAGUGGCGCUCUGGCUUUUGAAGACAUAUAUAUUGAACAGCGCAAGACUAUCAAAACCAUGCUGGAAUAUGCUGACAAGGUUUUCACAUACAUCUUCAUUCUGGAAAUGCUUCUAAAAUGGGUAGCAUACGGCUUUCAAAUAUAUUUCACUAAUGCCUGGUGCUGGCUGGAUUUCUUGAUUGUUGAUGUCUCAUUGGUAAGUUUAAUAGCCAAUGCCUUGGGCUAUUCUGAACUUGGUGCCAUUAAAUCACUAAGGACACUAAGAGCUUUGAGACCUCUAAGAGCUUUGUCACGAUUUGAAGGGAUGAGGGUGGUUGUGAAUGCCCUUGUUGGAGCAAUUCCAUCCAUCAUGAAUGUGCUUUUGGUCUGCCUUAUAUUCUGGUUAAUCUUCAGUAUCAUGGGAGUAAAUCUGUUUGCUGGCAAGUUUUACCACUGUGUUAAUACUACAACUGGUGAGAUGUUUGAUGUCAGUGAUGUUGACAAUUAUACUCAGUGCGAAGAACUCAUAAAAAGAAAUGAAAGUGCCCGAUGGAAAAACGUAAAAGUAAACUUCGAUAAUGUAGGAGCUGGGUAUCUUGCUCUGCUUCAAGUAGCUACAUUCAAAGGAUGGAUGGAUAUCAUGUAUGCAGCUGUUGAUUCACGAGAUGUCCAAGAUCAGCCAAAGUAUGAGGAUAACUUGUACAUGUAUCUUUACUUUGUCAUCUUUAUUAUCUUUGGAUCAUUCUUUACCUUAAACCUUUUCAUUGGUGUUAUCAUCGAUAACUUCAACCAACAAAAAAAGAAGUUUGGAGGUCAAGACAUAUUUAUGACAGAAGAGCAGAAGAAAUAUUACAAUGCAAUGAAGAAACUAGGGUCCAAAAAACCCCAAAAACCUAUACCUAGACCAGUGAACAAAUUCCAAGGCAUGGUCUUUGAUUUCGUAACAAAGCAAGUAUUUGAUAUCAGCAUCAUGAUUCUUAUCUGCCUUAACAUGGUUACAAUGAUGGUAGAAACAGAUGAUCAGAGUAAAGAAAUGGAAACUAUUUUAUCUCGGAUUAACCUGGUUUUCAUUAUCCUUUUCACUGGAGAAUGUGUCCUGAAACUGAUCUCACUCCGUCAUUAUUACUUUACCAUAGGCUGGAACAUAUUUGAUUUUGUGGUUGUCAUUCUAUCCAUAGUAGGAAUGUUUCUAGCUGAGUUGAUCGAAAAAUAUUUUGUGUCCCCCACCUUGUUCAGAGUCAUCCGACUCGCCAGAAUUGGUCGAAUCCUGCGACUCAUUAAGGGAGCUAAAGGGAUUCGCACUUUGCUCUUUGCUUUGAUGAUGUCUCUUCCUGCUUUGUUUAACAUUGGCCUCCUGCUCUUCCUAGUCAUGUUUAUCUAUGCCAUAUUUGGAAUGUCCAACUUUGCCUAUGUUAAGAGGGAAGUUGGGAUCGAUGACAUGUUCAACUUUGAAACUUUUGGCAACAGCAUGAUCUGCCUAUUUCAGAUUACCACAUCUGCUGGUUGGGAUGGCUUGUUAGCACCAAUUCUUAACAGUGGGGAACCAGACUGUGACCCACAUAAAGAUCACCCUGGAAGCUCUGUUAAAGGAGACUGUGGUAACCCUUCAGUUGGGAUUUUCUUUUUUGUCAGUUACAUUAUCAUAUCAUUUCUAGUUGUAGUAAACAUGUAUAUUGCUGUGAUUUUGGAGAACUUCAGUGUUGCAACUGAAGAAAGUGCUGAACCCUUAAGUGAGGAUGACUUUGAGAUGUUCUAUGAGGUUUGGGAAAAGUUUGAUCCAGAUGCAACCCAGUUUAUAGAAUACAGUAAACUGUCUGAUUUUGCAGCUUCACUGGAUCCUCCUCUUCUUAUAGCAAAGCCCAACAAAGUCCAGCUUAUUGCAAUGGAUCUGCCCAUGGUAAGUGGUGAUAGAAUUCACUGCCUGGACAUCUUGUUUGCUUUUACAAAGCGUGUUUUGGGUGAAAGUGGGGAGAUGGAUGCACUUCGAAUACAAAUGGAAGAUAGGUUUAUGGCAGCCAAUCCUUCUAAAGUCUCCUAUGAACCAAUUACAACUACAUUAAAAAGAAAGCAAGAGGAGGUUUCUGCUAUUGUUAUUCAGCGUGCUUACAGACGGCACCUUUUAAGGCAAAAAGUUAAAAAAGUUUCUAGUAUGAUUAACAAAGAUAAAAGCAAAGAAGGAGAUGGACUACCUAUCAAGGAUAUGAUUAUUGAUAAACUGAAUGAGAAUUCUACUCCAGAAAAAACAGAUGAGAGCUCUUCAACAACCUCACCACCCUCUUAUGACAGUGUAACAAAGCCAGAAAAAGAGAAAUAUGAAAAAGACAAAGCAGUAAAAGACUACAAAGGCAAAGACAUCAGGGAAAGUAAAAAGUAAAAAACUUAAGAAUUCUGUUUGUAGGUCACCUUGUUUACAGCCUUUGAAAGUAAUGUGUCUGUGUCAACAGGACUCCUGUAGGAGGUUUAUGCCAAACUGACUUUUUACAUAUAUAUAUAUAUAUAUGUAUAUACACAUUAUAUAUAUACUUAUGGUCAGUGCCUAUAACAAGACAGUGACCCAUCGUCAUCAACCUGUAAGUCUAAAACAGGGUAACAUACUUGAUAGGUAGUUACUGUUUUCACUACAGCUGACACUGCUGAAGGAGAAAGACACAAUGGUUCUUUACAUCAUAGGAGCCCUGAAAGGUGUGCAAAGCUAAAUUUUUUGCAUGUUUGACAUACCGAAAAACACCUAGUAUGGUAACUCUAUCCACUGUUUGUAAUUCAACUGCCACAUUUGCCAUAUUUUUACAAAACCAGUGUUAGUGAAUUUUUGAUUUUUUAAUCCACAGGUUGUUUAAUAUUAUAUGUGACUAUUUUUGUAAAUGGGUUUUAUGUUGGGGAGGGGGUAUGAGGGCUGGGUGUUUUACUCUCCGAUUCUCUAUAAUGUAUAGACAAAGUGAUUUGCAUGGAGGUAUGCUGCACUUGUAGAUUGUGCCUGGAAAAAAAACCAUGACAAGAUGCAAAGCAACAAGAGUUUUAACUACUUCCAUGUUUCUGGGUGGCUCUAAAAUUUGAAGUGCUUAACCAUUUGUGUUGUCACAUUCAGACUAAUCUUUAUGUGCCUGCAAAGUAUCUUGUAAUUUACAAGAAUUUACAGAUGAGUUAUUUUUAUGCAAAUCAUGAAAUAUCAGCAAGUGCAAACUUCUCCCCAAUUUCCAGUCACCUCGUCUUUGUUUUUAUCAAAUGUUGUUCUGAAACAAAACACUGUAUUAUAUUUGUCUUGGAAAAGUAAUUUAAUCAAAUAAGUAAUUUUUUUAAAGGUUUAUAUUUUAUUGAAAUUUAGCCCCUUUCUACUCUCCGUAAACUUGACAACUAAUGAAAUAACAAAAUGCCCCCUACUUUGUAAAUACUUAUUUUACACUUUUGUACAUAUUUGAAUAUACAAAUAUGUGGCUGUGCCACAGCAUAUUGCAUCAAAUAUGUACCAAAGUAUGUGUAGAUUCCAAGCUCUCAACUGGUAACUUCUUAUAUUCUGUAUUAUUAUAGAUAGAUUGGAGAGUACCACUGAUGCAUGUCAGUACUUUUGUUGCUGUAUCUUGCUUCUUCCACUGUCCAGAGUCUCUGCUAUAGGAAGCCAUGUCAGUGAUAGAGUGAAUCAAAUUGUUUGACAAGACUUCAUUCCUUCAUAUCAUUAAGCAAUAGUUUGAAGUUAUUUAUGAGCUUCUUUAGUUUUGCAUUUUAAAUUUUAAGUGACUAUUGUAUGGUAUAGAAUCAAAAUGUAUAGGGCAUACUGCAAAUUGCUUAACCUGUUGAAAUGUGGUUAGCAUAUAUAAAUAAUGUAAAAAAAAAUCAUAUUAUUGGCAGCAUUUUGUAUAUAAGGUAACUGUCAUCAGGCUCACAUCUCUGUUUAAGUUACUUCCCAUAUCACUCUGUUUACUUUCUAUCCAUGAUAAUAUUCAAUUGAGAUCUUCACAAUAUAAGAAAUAAAGAAAAUAAGUACUAGUAGGCUAUUUUGUUUUAAUAUUAUAUUUGCAAAUAUUUCAUUUGUAAAGUGUGUAAAACUGGAACCCCAGUUUAUUAGUUACCAUAUAAUCAUAUCUGGUAAUUAGGGAUGGUGGAAAAACUGUUAGGGGGACAACUGAAUUUCUAGCACUACUUGCAUCAGGAGUUUCACGAUAGUCUUACUGGGCAUUUAUACAUAUGCUGGGGGGUAUGGGGAAGGCGGGGGAGUGCUUUAAUUAGAGCGGCUUCGAGAGCCAUUGUAAUUAAAGCGCCCAGAACAUCUCAUAUAUCAGCAUCUCCGUGCUUCAAAAUGGCAGUGGGGGUACUUUAUCUGAAGCUUGUUGAAGACGUUACCAUGCUCCAGAACACUUGAUUGAUCAAGUCUGCUUAGAUGGGUUGUAAUUACAGAGCAUCGGAGCAGCCUUGAUGCUCGCGUACAGAUACCCAUUUUUCACAGAAACCUUGUUAUUUUGCAGUAUUUGUUCAUAUAGGCUAUUCUUAUUCUUUUUAAUUCAUACUGCGCUAGACCUGCUCAAGCAUAUGAUGGAAUUGGCAAUAUUUUCCUGAGAAAAAAUGGCACACUUGUAUAAUCAAACUCAUCACCACAUUUUGUGUAUCAUUCACAAGCUAAAGAUAAAUGUAGACUCUUCCUUACUAAUGCUUUUAACUUGUAAUGUGUUGGUGGACUGCAUGCAGGAAAUUGCUACUAUCAUAAAGAACGUAAACUACAUUAUAAAUGAGCCAAAAGAAUAAACAUUUGUUUUUUAUUGUAUUUAUUUCCUUUGAUUCUCUGUUUUUACUGCUUAAGGAAUGAUAAAGUGAUGAACUGCUUUUGAUCAGGAAUGUGUUCUUGAUAUGCAAAAGUGAAAUGCCUUAAUCUUUAUACAUUAAAAAUAUCAUCUGCAUAUAUAAGAAAAAAAAUAACAGAUAACAAUAUAUUAAAAAGUUUAGAACCUUUUACUAAUGUGUGACACAGCUUGCAACCUAGCUGAUGCCAUAAGCCCACACUCACCUCUAGCUGUUCCAGGAAGGGUGAGCACAGGCUCCAGUGAGGAAGAGCUCCCCUCUACUGCAAGCUGGAGCAGCUGUCUGGAGGCUGCUGGUGUGCCAUUAGGAAAACACAGACAGGUAAAAACAACUGGAGACUAGCAUGCCCUUAAUAAAAUGCAGCCCACGUCAGACCUAUAUGGCCCUUUUCAGUCUGGAUCCAACCCAAGUGCCAUAGGUUGCUGACCCCUGACAAUGAAAGACCAAAUAUGAAUGUUAGGCUAAACAGUUACAUUUUGUAAAGGAAUAAGUAUCCAAACACAGGGGUUUAUAAUAGAGAACUAUUAGUCCACCUUGACUAUAGAUAUUGCUUCCAUCUCUGUCUACUGAAUACUUGGAUGGGUCCCUAAUAUUCUGAUUCUGAUAUUUCUCCUUAGUAUAAACAUGCCAUAUAGCUAUACACUAAUUUAUGCAUUGAAAUGCCUUGAUUCUGUCCACAAAAGCAAAAAUGACUAAUCAACAAUUUCUGGAAAAAGCAUAACAAUAUAAACAAACUUCUCUAUAAUAACAAUCCUCUACUGAGGAGUCCCAUAAUUGUAGCUUAGAAGACCUGAUCUUUUAUUGUCUGAUUUUAAGAACUAAGAUUUUAAGAACUAAGAUUGUAAGAUUCCCAAAAUGAAGUUAGUGCUUAUGAAAGAAAUCCAUGCCCUGCCUAUGCCUCCAAGAUCUUAUAAACAAGGGAGUAGCUCAAAAUGAUCAACUGCACGAAAAACUGGUCAGAGAUUGAUAAAUAAAAUCACAAUAAUAUUGGGCUCUUAUAUAAUGUCUUUCAUAGUAUUCUGUGUACCUUGUCAGUGUCAGGAACUAGUGUCCUAUCAACUUCUGAUUUCCUUCUGAUUCGAAAUUUAGCGCUGGCAGAGGUAGAAUGUUAGACUUGCUAUUUGGUUGAUAUUAGCAAGUGGUAGUAAGUCAGCAGACUUGCAAGAUGACUUGCUACCACUUACUAAUGUCAGCCAAAUAGUAGACCUACUAUAUUUUGAUAUCUGAAGACUACUCAGGGAAGCCUGUGGUAUUAUGGUUUAUUAGAACAGUUAUCUAGUGAAAGUUACCUAGAAAAAAGUUAGAGUUUGCCAGCCUAAUGAGACACACCAACAGUUGACUGCUGGAAAGGAACACUAUAUAAAAAACAAAUCACAGAACAGUGUAAUACCCUAGGGAUACAGUUGAGUGGAGAGAAAUAUAACCAAUUUGAUGUACUAUCUAGAUCCCAUUUUAGAAGGGAACUUCAAACUUACCUGCUGAGGUAUCAAAUACUAAUGAAAGAUGGUAUAAAGAAUAAUUCAUGAACCUAUCGUGUAAGUUUUGGCUAGACACUGGAACACAUCUAGACAUAUCCUGAAAGGCAGUUAGUAUUAAUCAAUCAUCUAAACAGAGUAAAAUUAGACUCAUCCUUUCCCUUUGCAGCAGCUGCCCUCACCAUUUUGGGGUGGGAGAAGAAGGGGAGGACUUCAAGAUAUUAAAUAUUUAGCUUAGAGACAACAAAUUACAAAAUAGGACAGAAAAUUACAGAAUACAUCUCAAAAACUGCAGAUGGGAAAAAUUGAUAGAAACACAGAUGUACCCAUUCUUAAGUCCACUGAAGUAAGGAAGAUCCUAGAAUUGAAAGCUAUAACUGUCCUAAACAAAGCUAAACAACAAUAUUUUGAACAACAGACUUGUUGCCCAACUACAGACCAUGAAUGGCAUGGCUUGGACUGUUUGAUAUCUUUGAAAUAAUAAAAUUAAGCAAUGUUAGAGGGGUGUAGGUUGUAGCCGUGCUGGUCCAAGGACAUAGGCAGACAAGGUUCUUUGGGUGAAUCUGGCAUCUUUUAUUUGACCAACUUAAAUAGCUGAAAAAAAAUAUGCUAUAAAAUAAAGCAAGUAAUUCCUUUUCAAUUAUCUGUAAGUUUGAGCACAGACCAUCAUGUCAGCAAAGAAAGGGUAUGACACUCUAACCUCUUCCACUACUGAGGGAACCCAAUGGCUUAAUUGUAAUAGGCAUUCAUUCUUGUAGAAAUUGCUGAAAUUUGGCCCUUAUUAGAACAGGCAUUUUUUGAAACCAUAUAGUAGCAUUUGACAGGCAAAGCAGAUACAAAUACUUAAUGGGAACUCUUGCUCUAAAACCUAGAAUGAGGUUAAUGCUUAAAUCCUACUGUUUCAAAUUUAGGAGACAGUUAAUCUGUACAACAAAACUGACUUUUAAGAUUUUUGCCAAAAAUUGAUUAUAUAGUUUAAGCAUAAUUUCAACCUUAUGGCUUGAAUUGAGAAUUGUAUCAUUAUUUAGAGUUUCAACCUUAAGAUCAGUAAUGAGUUGCAUAUAACAAACAAAGAAAAAGGCAAAACAGUAUAGACCAUAUUAAGCAUUUGAGGGAAGGCAGCCUUACUAUGAACAGUGUUGUUUGAAAUCUUUUUAUUAAACUGUUUCAGAUGUUUUUCUGAACUCUUACACAGAAACAGUAACAUAUACAAAUAAAAUUUGAUAGAAGAUUAGUGUAUGAUGAAGCCUCAUAUGUAUUUGCAUUAAAAUAAAUAUAGUUUGUCAAAUCCUUAGGUAAAAAACUAUUGUAAAUAUAUGUAUUUUUCAUGAA